AACAAUUUUUUUUUACCUCCUCCUGUUUUGGAUUUAUAGAUUCGAAUUCGAAUUCGAUUGCUUCCAGAUAGGUUGUAAGUUGAAGCUUAGGAGCAAAUAGUUUAGAUUCUAACUUCCUAUGAAACGUUGCGUGCUGUGAGGAGAUUCGACGUCGCUUUGGAGCGUUCGUUAAUACAUAUAUCGAGAAAAGAUAACGAAAGCCGUUAACGGUCAAUAGUCGGUGAAGUAACGCAUAGUAUCGGUUUCCUUCAGCUAAAAUCCUUCGAAGUUUGAUCUUUAUCUGUGCGGAAAUCUGUGCUGUAACGAAUAUACAUAUAUGGACAACAUGUAUGCCGGUUCUUGAAGUUUAAUAGUGAAAUGGUGGGAUAUGGGUUUCUUAUUUAAUGUAUUUCCACAGAAGGAGGUCAGCUGAGAAAAUGCAAGAUAAAAUUUAUGCCGAAAAUGGAAAAAGUGAUAGAAAAUGGUGUUGAGAAAAUUAAAUCCAAGAAUGGACCAGAAAACAAAUCAAUUGAAAUGUAUUAUUAAGGACUGUCGCCUUUAUAACGUUCACCAUCUGUGAACGCUACGAUAAAAGACCAUCCAAGGAUUUGUGGUACUCGUGGGUUUACGAUUUAAAAUUUCGAUUUAAUAUUUUAUUAUAAAUGUUGGUGAUUAUCGUGCCUGGAAGGAGACUCUACCUCGUCGAUAGUAACUCAUCGGUUUAGUGUAUUUGCCAAGGAACUAAGAGAACACAGGAAGCAGGAUGGUACGACGGAUCGACAUCUCUGUUCUUGGAAACGAUUUGGACGCUUCACGACGAACGAAAAUAUCAGCAUUGCGACGAAUAUUAAAUGCGCUCCGAUAUAGGAUAACAAAACGAGGUCGAACAAAACCGCCUGAUUGGUUCCUCGAUAAAUUUUCAAACACAACAGAUGGCAAAAUAUCUGGGACAGUGCCUUCCGAGGAGGAAACUACUCAUCGGCUAUGUAAUCGACUUUCAGUCGAUCCAUCUUUGCCAUCACACUAUCGGUGGUUGGCAAUAGUAUCAUUAGCAGUCCUUUACAAUAUCAUAUUCGUAGUAGGCAGAGCCGUAUUUUGGGAAAUCAACCGUAAAGCAACGCCAUUGUGGUGGUUCCUGGAUUACUUAUGUGAUUUCAUAUAUCUGGUAGAUACUUUAGUUCAUAUGCAUGAAGGUUAUUUAGAACAAGGAUUAUUAGUGCGCGACGCCUAUAAACUCCGGAAGCAUUACUUCUCAACAAAAGGAUGGCGGUUAGACGUCUUAUCGAUGUUUCCCACCGACCUAGCGUACAUCUGGUGGCAGCCGAGUUCCUGCAAUAUAACCGUACCAUGCCCGGUAAUUGUCCGUUUAAAUCGCUUGCUUCGUCUUCCAAGGAUGUGGGAAUGGUUCGAUAGAACCGAAACCGCAACAGGCUACCCGAAUGCCUUUCGUAUUUGCAAAGUGGUUCUAGCCAUUUUGGUACUUAUUCACUGGAAUGCUUGUAUGUAUUUCGCGAUAAGCUACGCCCUUGGUUUUGGAUCUGAUAAUUGGGUUUACAAUUUAAAUGGGGCCAGAAAUGCGACAUUGUCGCGUCAGUAUAUCUACAGUUUUUAUUGGUCAACGCUAACACUUACCACAAUCGGGGAGACACCUACCCCAGAGAAUGAUGCCGAGUAUUUAUUCGUUGUAGCUGACUUUCUUGCUGGAGUGUUGAUAUUCGCCACUAUCGUAGGAAACAUUGGUUCAAUGAUCUCAAACAUGAACGUUGCCCGUGUCGAAUUCCAGAACCGCAUGGACGGGGUUAAACAGUACAUGGCAUUCCGUAAAGUGGGCCACGAGCUCGAGGCACGUGUCAUUCGAUGGUUUGCAUAUACAUGGUCGCAAAGUGGCGCCCUGGAUGAGGAGCGAGUCCUUGCAGCACUCCCGGAUAAACUCAAAGCGGAAAUUGCUAUCCGCGUCCACAUGGAAACCUUAAAGCAAGUCCGAAUAUUCCAAGACUGCGAGCCAGGAUUGCUGGAGGCGUUGGUGUUGAAGCUUAAGCUCCAGGUUUUCAGCCCUGGGGAUUACAUAUGCCGGAAAGGUGAUGUCGGCAAGGAAAUGUAUAUAGUGAAGCGAGGACGACUGUCGGUGGUGGCAGACGAUGGUGUUACUGUGUUGGCGACACUUGGGGCCGGAUCGGUUUUCGGCGAAGUAUCCGUCCUGGAGAUUGCUGGAAAUCGAACGGGAAAUCGUCGAACGGCAAACGUACGGUCUUUGGGAUAUUCGGACUUAUUCUGUCUUGCAAAACGUGAUUUAUGGGAAGCCUUAGCAGAUUAUCCGGAAGCCAGAGCCACAUUAACCGAACGAGGAUGUCAGCUACUGAGAAAAGAUGGCCUCUUGGAUGAGGAGGUUUUCGCAAAUGCCCAACGAGUUCAGGACACUCUGGAAACUGGAGUUGAAAAACUAGAACAUGCCGUCGAAAACCUAAACUUAAGACUAGCAAGACUCUUAGCAGAAUAUUCAGCAAGCCAGGCGAAACUCAAACAAAGGAUUGCAAAAUUAGAAUUAAAUUUUCAUACGAUUCACUCUCCGCUAGCAUAUGAGGAGGAGCAUUUCCUUCAGCCUCCACCCCGUACAGGACGUCUUUAUUCGCUUCAAACGAAACGGAAAAAGUCUCGACCGACAUCAUCAAUAUCUGGAAUUACAAAGCAGAAUACGUUAUGAACAUCGUUUCUGAUAGUAAUUGUAAUGGCGCAAUAUCCUGGUGACGACAUGGAGAUAUACAGAUACUACCCCUCUCAUCUUUUCAUCUUAAUGCCAACAUCUCGAGAAUUUAUGUUGGUUAUACCCAUCUCGGAUAAAAUGAUGGGAAAAAAAUAUAGCGACCGCUAGGGUUUUUGUGUAUGUCCCGAAGUAAAUCAAUAUGAAACCGGCAUAUCCUUUUUAUAUCUCCAUUUCAGAUAGAAACAGAAUUCAUUGACCGGCUUUAUUUCAAAUGCACGCGUAUUUUUUUUUAUUUUUCGUUUAUUUUUUGGGGUUGAAACUGACAAGAUAAGAUACAUAUAUUGUGUGUAAAUGACAAUUUUCUCAUGAAAAGUAUGAAGCGGGUCAGUCAAUUCGAAUUUUUUAGAUAAGAUACUUUGCAGAUUGGCUAAAAAGUCUAAGAAAAUUGUAGUAAUACCGCCUCUGUCCACUACAUCUUGAAGGGUAUUUAGAUUUUAUGCGCACAUAAAACACCAAAGGGAAUUCGGAUGUGAAUCAUUUAGUUUUUUAAAUUCAGAACAAAAAAGGUGUGAAUUGGCCAAGACGGGGUACCUAACGCUUACAGGUUUCUUUUAAAUUAAAAAAAUUACCAAAUAAUUACUAAUUAUUCAAGCUCAAAAGUAAAAAAAGUCAUAUCACAUCACCUGGUGCUUGGUG